AUUCGUGGUGGCUCGGCUAGUAGCGGAAGUGUUAAAGCAGAUGUGACAGUUCAGUGAGUUUAUCAACAGCGGAGCUUCACCCAAACGAUGUUACAGUUACAUUUCACGAACGAUACAUUAUCUGAUAAUGUCAGCACUGACUUUCAAAACCUCAAUAAGUUCAGUGAACAGCAGUUUGUGAGUCUGACAGAGAUCUUGUAUCAGUUUCUACUAGAGCCCAAAGAGUCGGAGCGAUUCUUGCGACAGCUGACAGAGUUUGCUGGAGAAAAUGGGAUGAGCGUGGGGCCACUGAAGAGUCUGAUGAAGAGCGUCCUCCUGCUACCUCAUGGUGCUUUAAAAAGAAACCUGACAGCAGAACAGGUGAAGGUUGACCUUCUGUCAUUAGGAUUAAAUGAGGACAAAGCCAGUCAUUUCUCUGAGCAGUGGAAAGUUCACUACCCUGUUUUAUCCAGACUGGCAGUAGGACAGACGUUAAUGGUCAACCAGCUUGUUGAUAUGGAAUGGAAAUUUGGUGUUACUGUUGGUACAAGUGAGCUACAAAAGACUGGAAAUAUUUUUCUACAGCUAAAACUGGUUAUCAGAAAAGGAAACGCAACAGAAAAUGUGUACAUGGAGCUGACUUUACCCCAAUUCUAUAAUUUCCUUCAUGAGAUGGAGAGGGCCAAAGCCAGUAUGGAUUGUUUCAGUUAACUGCUUUAGAUGUUAUGUUCAUCUGUCUGGAUGCCAGCUGCCUGCUCACCUGUGAACAGAUGUUUUCACAGGUGCAGACUUUCUGACAAAUUGUUUCAAUAUGAAACUAAAAUAAUGGUUUAUUGAUUUUUCUUAAUGUAUGUGAAUGUAUGCAUUUGUGACAAUAUCACAUUCCACAUUAUUGUCGUAUUUAAUCGUCUGUAAUUAAUCACUAUUCUCAGAAUAAACUUUGGUGUUUAUUAGUGUAAA